AUGUUCGGUAGCUUCAAGCAAACGAGGCUCUUCUCUGAACUGGACCAGUGCAUUGAAUAUGCCCGAGAAGCUGUCUCAUGCUGUCCGCAAGAGUCGCCCGCUUGGGCCGCGUCGUUGGACAUCCUCUCGCAGUCGCUGAUUUCACGAUAUGAGGAACUGGGCGAUCUGACAAACGUGCAAGAGUUUGUGUCCCUCCACCGCAAAGCGCUUCUCCCUCGUCCUCACGGUCAUCCGGACCGCUACCAUUCUCUGCUGUCGCUCGCAAAAGCAUCGCAUACCCAUUUCUGUCACACUGGCGAAUCCCAGGAAUUGACCGACGCCAUCGAGUUCGGAUGUCUCGCCCUCUCACUCUUCGAUUCCGCGUCCCACGACCAGCCCACAUUUUUUACCACCGUAGCUGCAUUGAUGCUCAGCAGCUUCAAGCAAACAUAUCUUUCCCCCGAACUGGACCAGUGUAUUGAAUAUGCUCAAGAAGCCGUCUUGUGUUGUCCGCCGGAGUCGCCCGCGCGGGCCGCGUCGCUAGAUAUUCUCUCGCGGUCGCUGCUCUCUCGGUACGAGGAACAGGGCGAACCUGCUGAUCUAGAGGUAGCCAUCGAAUACGCACAGGAAGCCACUUUUCUUUGCCACACGGGGCGUCUUGAUCGUUCUCGAACACGGGUGACUCUGGCUGCUGGGCUUCUGGCUCGUUUCGAGCGCGCUAGAAAGCCCGAAGACCUGGUUCAGUCGGUAUUCCUGUGCGGGGAUAUUUACGAACUCUGUCUCUCCCCAGCACCCCUUCUUCUGGCGCUCUACAGCACCUUCGUUCCCGCAUCCUUCACCUUGUUCAGAUAUCUGGAAGAACAACUCAUCCUAGAGGCGAGCAUUUCAAUGGGCAGUGAAGCGCUUGCCCUCUGUCCGCCAGGUCAUCCCAACCGCCCGCACUCCCUGAUCAAUCUCGCCUAUGCGAAAUACAUUCGCUUUAUCUAUGCCAAGCCACAAGGAAGCUCUAAGUCAGACGACGCCGUUGUCUCUCCUCGUGAAACCGUCGAAUCACUGCCCCCCGAAACUGCCGUUCGCGCUGAAGAGCCGCGCACUGAGUUCUUUGGCAGACGAGAAGAUAUAGACGACGUUAUCGCCUCUCUUCACGAAGCCGUUGAACUCCUGCCAUCCGGGGUCACCGUCCGUGCCGUAGCUCUCAGCAGGCUAGCGGAUGCCUUGUUCAUCCGCUUUGGUAUGCUACCCGAAGACUCUCUCGAUGACCUUGAGGAAUGCGUGGCACGCCACAAGGAAGCGCUGUCUGCUUACGGCCCUUGUGCGCCAGAAUGUGCGGAGAUACUCGAUAGGCUGUCCCUCUCACUCAAUGUGCGUUUCAUGGUCGUCGCACGUGACGAGCAGGAGGACUUGAGCAAGGCCAUAGACUACGGUGAAGAAGCGCUUGCGCUUUGUCGUCCAGGUCGUCCCCGCCGUGGACAUAUCUCGAGCCUUCUGUCAGAUGUACUCUAUCGACGAUUCUGUACCAAUAGCAAUAUGGAAGACUUAGAUCGUUCAAUCGCCUACUCACGGGAAACGCUCCAGAUGGCACCCGACUUGGUCGAUUCAAUCACUCUUUCGAACUCAAAAUCAGCUCUGGCACGCACCUUGAUGUUUCGCUUUAGUCUGACCGGUCAGCUAGACGAUAUCAGUGAUUCCAUCCGGUAUUCCUAUGAUACUCUGUCACUGUAUCCGAGAGGCCAUUCCCGCCGCCCAGGCGCUUUGGUUGACCUAUCGUUCCGUUUUGCCACUCGGUUCGUUGAGACGAAACAGCUUGGGGACGUGGAUAGCGGCAUCUCAUGUCUUCGCGAGGCAUUGUCUUUGCUGGCUCCCGAAUCUCCCGAACGUCUCGAAGUGUUGGAACAUCUGAAGGCACAUUUAUAUGUCCGUUACGGAGAGACGAAGGAUCCUCAAGAAAUGGAGGAGUGCGCACGGUACGCGGAGGAGGCACAUGCACUACGCCUUUAUUCGCCCACCAGCGUUACCGUCGAAUCCACUGUGGGCUUCCGACUCCAACAUGAGCUGACCGGCGAGUCUGAAUGGUUGGACAAAGCUGUUGACCACUUCCGGGGGGCCAUAUCCGAUUGGUCUAGUAUGGGCCAGCCAUAUCUUCACCCUGGUAUAUCGCUGUGCUACGCUGUGUUCAACCGAUAUGAAGCGUUUGGGAGAUUGGAGGACCUCGACGAGUGCAUUGAUCUGGCACGGAGGGUGCUGUCGUCCUAUCCUCCAGGAAUGAAUCACCUGGGACGUCGAAUACCAUUGCUGGCGCUAUAUAAGGCUCUUCUUCGAAGAUAUCUCGACACUGGCAGCGAGACAGAUAUCUCCGACGCCAUAUUUUAUGCUAGAGAGAGCGCUGUUUCUCAAUCAGGUUCUGGUCGUCUAGAGCGGCUUGAGGUCGCGAUAGAAUGGACGACAAUGGCCCAUUUAGAAAACCACCCUUCGACACUAGAGGCCUACCGUACAGGCCUUGAGCUGUUGGAGCAGUAUCUCACAUGCAUUCCGACGUUGGAAUUGCAGCACGAGGCAGUUCGAGAAGCCAAAUCUCUAUCUUCAAAUGCUGCAGCGUACGCAAUCGGCCAGGGAGAUCUUAAGCUCGCCGUCGAGAUGCUAGAGCAAGGCAGAGCAUUGCUCUGGUCCCAAGUCCGUCGUCUGCGCACUCCCCUCGACCAACUGGCCGCCGACGAAGGUUCGGUCCAUCUUCGGGACGCUUUCCUGGAGAAGAGUCGCGCAUUAGAGACGCUCAAUACUUCUGCGAGUCCAUUUGUAGGUGGUUCAGCCAUAGAGGAAAGCAGAGAUCCAUAUAGGCGUAUGCUGGAGACGAAAGAACGUCUGACGGCUGAACUGAACGGGGUCAUCGAGCAAAUUCGCAUCAAGCUCCCUGACUUUCUGAAGCUGCCCUCUUACGACAAACUCAAGGCGGUGUCAGCAGAAGGUCCGGUCAUCAUCGUCAACCGCAGCAUAUUUCGGUCAGACGCCAUCAUUCUUGGCCCGGGCGACAACAUCAGCAAUAUCCAGCUGUCCGACACCUUCUACAAGCAAUCCAUCGAACUAUCCAACAAGUUGCUCCAAGCGCGUCAGAUUUUAAAGUACUCGGCACAGAAGGAGUACGAUCGAGUCUUGCGGCUCACUCUCAAAACUCUCGGCAAUCUUCUCGUCGAUCCCGUCGUGGGGAUGCUCAAGGAGCUCGGAGUCGAGGAAGGGUCUCGGAUAUGGUGGUGCCCGACGUCUGUGGUGUCGGCUCUCCCGCUCCACGCUGCAGGUCCGCUCACGAUGCCAGGGCCGAGAUCCUCCAAGACGAAGGUGUACCUCCCGGACCUGUAUAUCCCAUCCUACACUCCAACGCUCACUGCGCUUAUCGAAGCCCGGACGGCGCCUGCUGGUGGAUACCGACCGGUAGAGCACGCAGGCAUUCUUGGGGUCGCGCUGCUCGACGAGUCGCUACAAGCGGUGGCUGACGAAGUGGAGGUCCUUCGCACACGCUUCACGGAAGACAAGCUAACACUUGCCAUCGGAAGUGGGUGCAACCGUGAUGCGGUGGUCGCCGGUCUUGCAGAACGACCAUGGGUGCACUUUGCCUGCCACGGGACACUCAAAGCGAGUGAGCCUUUCGACUCGGCGCUCAUCCUCUCGGGGGACGAACGGCUCACGCUGCUGGACAUUGUUAAAGUGGGCCUGCACAACGCCGAGCUAGCCGUCUUGUCGGCAUGUCACACCGCGGAACAAACGCAGGGCAGUGCGAUGGACGAGGCACUUCACCUGGCAGCGGCGAUGCAGUUCUCGGGCUUCCGGAGCGUAGUGGGGACGGUGUGGCAGAUGCGCGAUGAAGAUGGGCCGACGCUCGCCGAAUAUUUUUAUCGCGCAUUGUUCGAAGAGCGAGGCGACGAAGACAUACCUCAUGCAUCAGAGGUUGGGUUCAAGAAGGCGGCGAGAGCAUUGUGCUCAGCUACGAAGGAGAUGCGGCGAAGAAAGGUUAGUUUGGAGAGAUGGGUCAAUUUCGUGCAUAUCGGAGCUUGA